CUUCAGGGCCCAUGUCCGAUUAACUGUUGCGAUUCAAUUUCACAAACAUUGGUCAGGUCCGAUCGGAUCUGAUCGAAUCGGGAUAGGGGUCGGGGUCUGAACAUGUCUAGCCGGACAGGACCGCACCGGACCCGUUGUCACCCCUAUCGCACCACCAAGGCAAACCGUACAAAUCUUGUCUGCGUGCCAUUUAAUUACCCAACAAACUUUUCUCCUUCUACUUGGUCUCAUGUUGCAUGUAAGAGAGAAGAAAAUUCAGAGAGAGAGAGAAAGUGGACACCAGCGUCGGCAUUAGGCGCUGGGUUUACGGUUCUCUUUGGCUCUGCACAAUUAAAGCCUGUGCUCCUACCCAACUGUCUCGCUUAUUUACAAGGCUCACACCAUGGCAAUCCUGCACUUCUUCUCCACUGCAUCACCCGUUUGUUUUCUCUCGCUGAAACCUUUCUCCAACUCUCUUUCCUCUCUGUCGUUCUACUUUUCUCUCUCCUGAACCUCUGGUUCUCACCACCCAUUACUCUGACUCUCCCUCCCCUUCUUUUCCUCUCUCUUUCCUCCUCUGGCUUUAAUGAAAGGCGCACCUCCCUCUCUUCCAUAAGCCCUCAACAAAUCUUUCUCUCUCUAACUUCUCUCUCCUCUGUUUUUUCUCUCUCUACUCACCUCUCUCUCAUGGAGGACCCAAGCCUCUAUUUUCCACUACCCACCAUUAAAACUCUAUUGCAGACUUUCUACUCUUCAUUUCUCUUUUGUUUUCUCAGGGUAUUCCCUCUCUGUCUAGCUCUCCUCUUCGAAACCCUGGUUUUAGUACACAAAUGGAGCUUUCUCGGGCAUCUCCUCUUCGUCUCCGCCGUGGUUCUGUACACAACACUUGUGUAUCAUUUCUCACGGCCGGCUCCUGUAUACCUAGUCGACUUUGCCUGUUACAAACCACCGAGUCACCUCCAAGUCCCGCUCCAUUCCUUCAUGGAACACUCAUCGAGGUUUGGGUGCUUUGAAAAAGAGAGCGUCGAGUUUAUGGGACGAGUCAUCAAGUUAUCGGGUCAAGGAGAGCGCACCAGCCUUCCUCCCGCUCUUCACUAUAUCCCACCUCGAACCGGCCAUCUCGACUCUGUGGAAGAGGCCCACAUGAUUCUUUUUUCGGUCAUGGAAGACUUGUUAGCCAAAACCCGAGUCAAUCCGAGUGAGAUCGACGUCUUGGUGGUGAACUGUAGUGGCUUUUGCCCUUCUCCUUCUCUCUCAUCCAUGGUGAUGCACCGCUUCAAACUGAGGGACAAUGUCAAGACCUUCAGCCUUGGCGGAAUGGGGUGUGGAGCUGGGGUCAUAGCCGUCGACGUGGCUCAGACGUUGCUCAAGCUAUGCAGCGGCGCUCAGGCCGUCGUCCUGAGCACAGAGAUCAUGUCGACCGGUUGGUACAGCGGAAAAGAAAGGAAGAAGCUAAUGCUCAAUUGCCUCUUCCGUAUGGGCGGCUCGGCCGCAUUGCUACAAAGUGGCCCGCAAGCUGCCCGUGUGGCUAAGUACCAGCUACGGCACAUGGUGCGCACCCACAUGGGGGCAAGCGACAGGGGCUACUUCUCGGCCAUGAGAGAAGAAGACUCGGAAGGAAUAACUGGGGUCUCCCUAGAGAGAGACCUGAUGCAAGUAGCUGGAGAAAUCUUGAGGAUGAACAUUGGGGCCUUAGGGUCUAGGGUUUUGCCUCUCUCUGAGAAAUUUUGGUAUUCUUUCUCUCUCUUCCAUAAACGUUUCUUGGACCCCAAGACAGAGAUCUAUGUCCCCAAUUUUAAGCUUGUGAUACACCAUUUUUGCAUACCACCCUCUGGUAAAGCUUUGUUGAGAGAGCUUGGGAAGGGCCUAAGGCUAAAAAAAGUGGACUUAGAGCCAGCUCUCAUGACCCUACACAGGUUUGGAAACCAGUCUUCUUCUUCACUCUGGUAUGAGCUAGCUUACAUGGAGGCUAAGGGGAGGGUCAAGAGGGGGGAUAGGGUUUGGCAGCUGGGCACAGGGAGUGGACCCAAGUGCAAUAGUGCAAUAUGGGAGUGUAUAAGCCCUGUGAACCCACUUGCCAAGGUGGGCUCGGACCCAGCUGGACCCUGGUUCGAUUGCAUAGACGAGUACCCCAUUGCUAUGGAUGACUUCUAAGUCCAAGGUACUUUGGUUUAGGGUUUGCAUCUAGGAUUAGGGUUUGGUCCUGGAUUUUGCAUGGUAGGUGGAUUUUUAUGGGGGCUGAUAUUAAAUGGUGUGUCGUUGUAAGACCAGUACUAAUUGAAGCCUAUUUAUGUGUCUUUAUGGGGCUUAUUUAAGCCAUGGCUUGUCUCUCUAAUUAAAGGCCUAUGUACCGUCACUAUCAAUCUAUUUGUGACUUCAUGUUAACACAAU